GCCUCCUCCUCUUCCUCCUCCCCGCUCUCCUGGGCCCGCGCCGCGCCCGGCCGGCGCGGCAGGUGCGCGCCCCCGGCGUCGGCGUUCCACCCGGAGGUGUCCCGCGCGGUGGAGUCGCUGCAGGCGGAGUUCCGCGAGGUGGACCGCGCGCUCGCGCUCAACUCCGCCCGCGUCUCCGCCGCCUUCCGCGCCGCCCGCGUCGCCCCGCACCAUUUCGGUGGCUCGACGGGGUACGGUCACGACGACGGCGGCGGCCGGGAGGCGCUCGACGCCGUCUUCGCCCAAAUCGUCGGCGCCGAGGCCGCCAUUGUCCGCCCCCAGUUCUUCUCCGGGACGCACGCCAUUGCCUGUGCUCUGUUUGCUCUUCUUAGACCUGGACAUGAGCUCCUGGCAGUCGCUGGUCCUCCGUAUGACACCCUGGAGGAGGUGAUUGGGAUCAGGGGUUCGGCCAAUGUCGGAUCACUCAAGGAUUUUGGAGUGGCAUACCGUGAAAUUCCGCUUGCAGGAGAUGGUGGCCUUGAUUGGGAUGCUCUUGCAAAUGCUGUCAGACCAAAGACUGGAUGUGUCUUCAUACAAAGAUCUUGCGGUUAUUCGUGGCGCAAGAGCUUAUGCAUAUCAGAUAUCCAGCGAGCUAUUGAUUUGAUAAAGAUGCAAAAUCCAAACUGCAUGGUUAUGGUUGACAAUUGCUAUGGUGAAUUUGUUGAGACAUCAGAGCCUCCGAUGGCGGGAGCAGAUUUGAUUGCGGGUAGUUUGAUAAAGAACCCUGGUGGAACCAUUGCGCCUUGUGGUGGUUAUGUCGCUGGGAAGAAAGAUUUGGUUGCGGCAGCUGCAGCUCGUCUAUCUGCACCUGGCCUUGGGGUGGAGUUUGGAUCAACACCUGGCCAUGUGAUGCGAGCUCUGUUUCAAGGCUUGUUUCUUGCCCCGCAAAUGGUUGGAGAAGCUGUAAAGGGAGGUUUGCUGAUUGCAGAAGUCAUGUCAGCUAAGGGCUAUAGAGUUCAACCACUUCCGAGGGAACCUCGCUAUGAUAUUGUGCAGGCAGUAGAGCUUGGCAACAGGGAGAGACUCAUAGCAUUCUGUGAAGUAGUUCAACAAACUUGCCCAGUAGGAUCAUUUAUUAAACCAACUGCUGGGGAAACUCCUGGUUAUGCUUCAGAGGUCAUUUUUGCUGAUGGAACAUUCAUUGAUGGAAGCACAAGUGAGCUAUCAUGUGAUGGUCCCUUAAGAGAUCCAUACGCUGUAUUCUGUCAGGGAGGAACACAUUGGACACAGUGGGCCCUUGUCCUCAGUGACGUUCUGAAGAUCAUAUAGCUGUUUGUCGCCAGAAGCACAUAACACUUUUAUCUUGUGGAAUAGAUAUGCAUUUUUUGGUAUAAUUGAUGGGCAUUUGAUAUUGAUCGACAAUGAAAAUAGUCAGGAAAUAAACAUGAUGUACGUUCUUUUGGUUGAAAUAGAGAUAUUCACAGUUGUGGAGUGGUCAGGCUGCAUUUAUUAGAGUAACUUCGAGGCAAAGCAUCACGAAGACUAGCUUCAGCCGUUGACUUGCCAGUUCAUUUGGGAGUAGAACUGAGUUGUAUGGAUUUGUUAGAAACUUUAGAAUGCUUUGGAAGCGAUGCACUAAUUACACAGGCUAAAUUGACUCUCAGAGUGCAUCAUUUUAGAUGAUUUUUUGUACCAUGAGUUCAUAUUGCUGAGUGUGUCAGGGACUCAGGGCCCAAUUGAUGAUAGAGGUCAAAUUGUAGAGUUUGCUAUCAUCGACGUUUUUGUAUGGAAUAUUUUUUUGCUAUUUCACUAAAAAUUAUAUCACAAUUUUCCU